CUCAGUUGACACAUCGAAUUAGGGUUUCGAAAAAUCGGCAACGGUGACCGGAAAUCCCCAAAUCAAUCUCCGACGCCUGCCAAUUUACUGUUUCUCAGCUCAUAGCCGCCGUAUACUACUCCGAUUUAGGUUUGGAUACAUUGGCUGCUUUCUUCAGUUCCUUCACAUGUCAAUUCCCAAUAAGUUAAGUGGGGACUUUAGCCAUUUAAAAGUGGCGAUCUCAUAGAUUGCUAUUCCAUGGAGGAUCAAAGCAUUUUUGUUGGCCAAGAGUUUCCUGAUGUCAAGGCCUUCCGCAAUGCAAUUAAAGAGGCUGCUAUUGCACAACAUUUUGAGCUUCGCAUAGUAAAAAGUGACCUGAUUCGCUACAUUGCAAAAUGUGCCUCAGAAGGUUGUCCAUGGCGUAUUCGUGCUAUUAAGCUUCCCAAUGCUCCUACCUUUACUAUAAGAAGCCUUGAGGGAACACAUACUUGCGGGAAAAAUGCACAAAAUGGACAUCAUCAGGCUUCUGUUGAUUGGAUAGUAAACUUCAUAGAGGAGCGUUUGCGUGAUAACAUAAAUUACAAGCCAAAAGACAUUUUGCAUGAUAUCUAUAAACAGUAUGGGAUAACUAUACCAUAUAAGCAAGCUUGGAGAGCCAAGGAAAGAGGGCUGCAAGCUAUAUAUGGAUCUUCCGAAGAAGGGUACUGUCUAUUACCUGCAUAUUGUGAGCAAAUUAAGAAGACAAAUCCUGGAAGUCAUGCUGAGGUUUUUACAGCUGGUUCAGAUAGUCGGUUUCAGAGGUUCUUCAUUUCCUUUUAUGCUUCUCUUCAUGGGUUCCUGAAUGGUUGCUUGCCUGUUAUUUGUCUUGGUGGUAUCCAGCUUAAGAGCAAAUACUUAGGUACUUUACUAUCAGCAACUUCUUUUGAUGGUGAUGGUGGAGUGUUUCCGCUUGCUUUUGGUGUUGUCGAUGAAGAAAAUGAUGAUAGCUGGAUGUGGUUCUUGUUAGAGUUACGCAAAGCUCUAGAGAUGAGCACUGAGAAGAUACCACCUCUUACUUUUCUGUCUGAUGGACAGAAAAGUAUUGCAGAUGCUGUGAAAAGAAAGUUUCCCUCUUCUUGUCAUGCAAUAUGUAUGCAGUACCUGAGUGAAAGCAUCAGUAGUGAUUUCAAGAACUCAAGGCUUGUGCAACUCCUGUGGAAAGCUGCGUAUUCCACGUCCACCAGGGGGUUUAAAGAGAAAAUGGCUGAAAUUGAGGAGGUUUCUUCAGAUGCCGCAACGUGGCUUCAACAGUAUCCUCCUUCACACUGGGCAUUAAUACAUUUUGACGGAACAAGAUAUGGUCAUUUCUCUUCAAACAUUUAUGAGUUCAAUAAAUGGAUUCUUGAAGCGCGUGAGCUUCCUAUUAUUCAGGUGAUUAAACGUAUUCACUGUAAGUUAACAGAAGAGUUUGAGCUUCGGCGAUCAAGGAGUAGCACAUGGAGUUCUACCCUUUCUCCAUCUGCUGAGAAACGCAUUAUGGACGGAAGAACUCAUGCUUCCACAUAUCAAGUGCUAAGGUCAGAUGAAGUUGAAUUUGAAGUUAUCUCAGCAGAGCGUUCAGACAUUGUGAAUACAGGUACCCGAUCUUGUUCUUGCCGUGAUUGGCAGUUGUAUAGGAUACCAUGUUCUCAUGCCGUUGCUGCUCUCACAUCAUAUAAAAAGGAUGUGUAUGCCUUCACAGAUAAAUAUUUCACUGCAGCUAGUUAUCGCGAGUGUUAUAGUAAAGAGGUACACCCCAUCCCUGAUAAACUUGAAUGGUCUAGAACCCGACUAGUCCGACCACCCAAGUUCCGUCGCCCACCUGGACGACCUGAAAAGAAGCGAUUAUGCGUGGAAGAUCUUAAUCUUAAUCGUGAAAAGCAUACUGUCCACUGUAGUAAGUGCAAUCAAACUGGACAUUACAAGACAACCUGUAAAACAGAGGUUGUUCAAAGUACACAACAGUUCUAGAUGUAUAGCCACCCCAAUCCCCUUUAUUUUCUUUCGAGUUGAAAAGUUCUCGAGGAAGGUUCAAAACGAUGGUAAUGGACCCGUCCCUCUACUCUCUGCCACUAGGGUUAGUGCCCUUUCUCGAAGUUUUUCAUUAUCUUUUUAGGUUCCUCUCUUGGAAAUAGAAUUAGAAAAUAUUGUAGAAAGAUGUAAGAUUAGAGAUCUCAACUAGCUUCAUAUAUUGUAAAAUAGGGUUUGCUUAUUAUAACCCAAUAACUCUUAUCUCAGUGAUUGUGAGGAAAUGUGUUUUAUACUUUAUUUGGUUUCUGUUAUCAAAAGCAAAUUCUUAUA